AACUAAGACCCUAAUGACAUUUGUUGACAAAUGUGUCAAAACAAAGCUGUAAUUUAAGUGUUUUCAAGCUUUAAAAGGCUUUUGAGAAGGCUUCUGUAGUGCGACUGAUGUAAAUAACUGUAUUUUUGUAAAGUCAAGGUGUUUAGGAUGAAAGAUAAUGAGAGUGAAGAAAAAGAAGACCGAAAUGUCUUCAAAUUACUAUCACAAUUACGUAAAGAGAAAUUAUUCAUAACUAACGAGAGAUUAAAUAUCCAGAAAUUAAACAAAUCGAUUAAAAAGAAAACUGACGGUUUAAUUGAAGCCACAUGGAUGACAACAAAGCAACGAUUAUAUCUCCUCUCCCAGCGAGAAUUCACAACACAGAACUACGAGCAUAUCAAAUCCAUCACCAACUCGGAAUUUGUGGAAGCUAAAACCUUGUUAGGCUACCAAACUGUCAAAAUAAACAAUUUACUUCAAAACCUGCGAAAGCAACCUGAAGAACUAGCCAAGUGGCUUUUCGUAGGCGAACAAAUAAACGACGAUCAGUUUUCUCAUGUUUUACAAACAGUGGUCACUGGACUAUACUCCUCAUGUAUAUUCCCAGAGGACACGAGUUAUAUGCUGAAACUUUUACUAGAACUCGCAAAAUUGCAACUUCUCAAGAGCGAAAAUCCCAGACGGAUGCUCAAACAGGGUACUUGCUCUUUCAAAAAUUUGUUUUUUAUCUUCACGGAAGUGUUACCAACUGCGAAGUUUUUCCUAAGUGCCGCUUUAGAAUUGCCGAUUUUGCGGUUGGCGGCUUGUAGGGACUUUUACCUAGAUGUCGAUCCAGAUAAAACACUCAUGAGGUAUCGACACAACGAGAACAAUCUCAAGUCAGAAUUCAGGGAUAUUCAGGAAUACAGGACUGAAGUUAUAAGAAAAUUAUCGGAAUUUACAAACUCGUUUAUUUCUUCUUUACGUGAGAACGUUUACAGUUUCCCAAAGCCGAUUGCGUGGAUUGUGUAUCACAUUUCUAAAAUCAUUACGAAAUCAUUUGGGAGCAAAGAAGCUUAUGCUAUCGUGACUGAACUAAUUUUCACUUUGUAUAUUUGCCCUGCGAUCGUCGAUCCUGAACAAUACUGCAUUUGUGACGCACAAAUCACCGAAGUCACUCAACACAACUUGAUGCAAGUCGGGCAAAUCUUGCAGGUUUUGGCUCUGAAUAAAUUCGAGUCGCCUGAAAACCGCUUCAGCGAUAUCUACAAUUUGUUAGACAACGAUAUAGUUUGCAAUUUUAUGGAGGAUAUCCUCUUUAAUUUGGAAUUCGACGAUGAUACACCACCUGUUGAUCUAGCGCCGACCAUUAUACGGGAUUCGGCUCUUUUGGCCGAGGACGAAUUGAACAAUUUUAUUUUAUUUUUGCAAAAAGUACACAAUGAAAUGGUGCAAAAUGACAAUUUUAAGAAACAUCUCGGGGAUAGUUCUAUUGAGGAACAAAUCGCGUCGCUAAUUCUCCCGUCGUCUCUGGAAAAUUCGCCAAAAACGAGCAAACCGUACACUAAUGGGUUCUCCGAAAAUACGCUGAAAAGGAACCAUUUCCUGUCGUUGGUCACAAAAAACCACACAUCGAAAUCUCGCGACGAAAUCUCGCAAAACAUCCCUCUAACCGUGUUGAUUUUCUCAAUGGACAAGGACCUGGUGGAGCCUGUGGGUCUCUUACCCGAAGAAAAAAUCCUCAACAUGAAUCUGAACGUCAAGAAGGAAGUAAUUUUGCCAAACCCACCUUCUGAAAUAAUCACUGAAGCUGUAAAUGGGCGCGUUGAAGAAAAACCCUUUUCGAAUUUUCCAGAUGAGGGUUCCAUCGGAAACACUUCUGACAAUCUCGAGGCGAUAUCCGAGGCGGCGAGUAACCAUUCAGUCGCAAGCAGUCUCGAAUUGGAAAACGACCAAAACGACAACCUUUCGGAUAUGAUUUCGGCCAACGUUUCCGGUCGUGGUACUCCCAACAUUUCCGGUCGGGACACCCCCAGUUCGCAAGUGAACGAUAAUGAGGAGCGCCCUCUGCCUGAAGCUAGACAAGUAGAGCAACCCCAGCCGCAGAUAAGUCGGCAAAUUCGGUCCGAAAUCGACGACAAAUUUUGUAAGUUUGAAAUAAAGAAGUUGUUGGAAGGGGACGAAACGAUUUCGAUCAUUUCCGAGACGUGGAGUACUGAUGUUUUAGCAUCGGAUAAUGAAACGAUCGAUGCGGGAGAUUCACGGGCCGAAAGACAAGGCUUGCAAUUGGUCGAUCAAGCCAUAAGUGAAGUCCCGACUGGGAAUAUUCUUGAUAUUUCCGAAACUCAGAGCGAGAGUGCGUGGUCGACUGAUGUCAUGGCGUCGGAUACAGAAAGAUUGACAGAAGUUGACAAUGAUGAUGCCGGAAGUGUGGCACAAUCCGACGAGACCCGAUCAGAAACCGACGAAAAUCCGACAAGUCGGAGAUUGUCGAAUUCGUCCAAUUACGUAAAUUACUAUCAAGAGUACCGAAAAGUCGAAAUUAAGAAUAAUGUUAAAACCGACAACAACGCCAAUAAUGUGUUGUUUAAAUCGGUCACGUUGACCGACACUCAACACAACCUGUCAUUUGGGGAACUAAAAAUCGCCAGGAAGAAAGACGUUCCUGGACCGAGCGGUUUUAACCCAACCGAACUGUUGAAACAAAACACGUACGAUGAACGCCCCAACGAAAUCCUACUGAGUAACUGUAGCCUGAAUUCGAGUUCUUCAGGCAGCAGUAGCAACAGUUUUGAAAACAAACAUUCACAUACUGAAGCUUGUUGGGAAAGUAAACAGUGGUUAAACAGUUCGGGGAGUAGUCUAAAUGUCACGUCGACACCGUCCGAAAGCACCAGCGAGUUGUCAGUCCUCAGUGUCAGUAAUUUGAAUCCGAAUAUUUUAGUAAAGAAAGCUGCGACGUUGAAUCGAAAUUUGAAGCCUUCGGCUUCAACUGGUGCUAUUCCCAAGAGUAUUAGUUUUGAUAUGAGUGCGGAUAAAGGUGAUAAGUAUCUUGAUGAUGAUCAGAGGAGUAAAAGAGGAGGGUUUUUCGGUAAACUGAGAAUGGGGUUCAGGAAUAGGAGGGGGAAGUCGUUCCGGAAUCAGGACGAUUUCCGAUUGGAUGGCGAGGAGUUCGGGACAGGGAAAAAAACACCGAAUGAGUCGCCGGUUAAGAUUAGUAGUGCAGAAGUGUCGGAAGACAUUUUAGCCAAAUAUCGGGCUAAACCGUUCGUCGAAAGUACUCCGAAAGAAGCCAACGGCAAUGAUAAAAUUCCUAAAAUAAGAUCUGAAGACUCAGCCGAUAACGUCGAUGUUAACAAUAGCUUUGAUGAUAUUAAAAGAAAAUUGCGUCUAGUUUUAAGUAAUACAACUUCACAAACCCCUAAAGUAAUUAAGGAGAACCGAUUAUCUGUAAAAAGUAAGGUUGAAACAAUCCUUAGAUUAGAGUUAGGCAAAGCUCGUAAACUGAAGGAGUGGUCAAACAUUGCACGAAUCUCUGAAACUUUGCGUUUUAUCAAUUUAUUGAAUGAGAGUACCUGUUUGAGCUUAUUUCAAUCACUUCGAGAAGAUUUCCUCCAACGUUCUGUUUACACAGAUUAUUUGAUAUAUUCUCGUCAGGAGCUACUUUUUUGUCAAUCAUACCUCGACGGUCUAAGUGAACAAGUGAAUAAUGACAAACAACAGUGCGAGAAAUAUUUAAGCAUGAUUUGCGUCCGCAAAUUCCUCCUCGAUGAGGAAAGUCGCAUCACGCAAUUCUGUGAAGAAUUCAAAGACAUCACUCUCUUCGACGAAAAGUGCGACUUUUUGAACAACUUCUACGAACAAGUCUACUCAAUAAUGCAACGUAGUGGUCUAUGGCAGGAUGUUUUUAAAAAUCAAGGUGAUGCUAUUAAAAUAACGCUCGAGAGGUGUAUUAUGAGUAAAAUCUACAAGUAUGCCCUGUACCCAAACGGGGAUGGGGACCGGGAUCGCGAUCACGUUCUGUUCCAACAUAUUGAGAAAUUGGCGAGUAUUAUAAGCCCGGAUCAUAAAGAUUUGAUGAUACAUAAGAUGUUCCUGCGUGAAAUGCCCUGGAUUCCGGCCCAGGAUGCCCUUAAAGCAAUGAAUGCGUACAAAACACCAAGAGAUAAAGUGAAAUGCGUGGUUCAUUGUGCGAAAUGCAUCAUGGAUUUGUUGUCGUUCUCGCAAAAUUCGGGAUCCACAACUGCGGACGAUUUCACACCAGUGCUGGUUUAUGUUAUAAUAAGGGUGAAUCCUGCUGAUUUGCUGUCGACCAUCCAAUUCGUCAAUAGUUUCUACCACAAUCAGAUCGACGGCGAAGAACUUUAUUGGUGGACGCAGUUUUGUUCCGCUGUUGAGUAUAUAAAAACGAUGGAUUAUUCGGAUUGACGAAUGCUAUCCGAUAAUCUCUUUCCUGUAUAAAAUAAUUUAUGUAUUUUCAGUAAAAUUUACUUUGUAUUAAUUAUAUAUUUUAUUAAAUAAGAAAUUGUUAAUUAGUAAAAUAAGGGGGUUCGAAAUAAAAACUUCACACAUG